UUUAAUCAAAUCUCACACUGCUAAAAUUAAAAACACAAAAUCCUUCAAGUUUGCAGCUGCCACCGCGCUCCCAGUGAAUUUGCAACCUGGGAUUUCGUUUCCGCAGCGAAACCCCACUACUCCAUGGAUUUUUCCUUCGACGUUUUCCAAAUCUACCGUCAGUACUAUGAUAUUACAUCGAGGGCUAUUAUAAAUAAGUCGGAAGAUCAUGGUCCGUACGAAGAGUUGCAGAGGACAAGAGACUUGAGAGAGGAAUUGGCACAGCUGUGGAAAUUGGUGGAGCCAAAAGUCAGUACAAGGUAUGUUUCGAUUCUAGAUGAAGUGUCCAAGCUGAUGUCAAGACUAAACUUGAGGGCAGAGUAUUCUGAGUUCUCACGCUUUUAUGACUUUGUGUUCUUCAUUUGUCGGGAAAAUGGCCAGAAAAACAUCACUGCAAGCAGGGCUAUUAUGGCGUGGAGAUUAGUCUUAUCUGGAAGGUUUCGUCUGCUUAAUCAUUGGUGCAACUUUGUGGAGAAAAAUCAACGAUAUAACAUAUCUGAGGACACGUGGCGACAAGUUUUAGCUUUCAGUCGAUGUGUCCAUGAAAAUCUUGAAGGGUACGACCCCGAAGGAGCAUGGCCGGUACUUAUUGAUGACUUCGUCGAAUACAUGUACAGGAUUAGGGGAAGCCAUGGUGAUUCAUUCUGCAACUGCAAUGAUGCGGAAGCCCAACCAGGCGAGAUCACAUCAUCGGGUUUGAAAAACUACCCCGGUUCGAAGAGGAGGUUCUGGGGCAACAAUGAGCAGGCAGGACAGGACUCAUGUACGAGCAAUAGUAGCUAUGCAAGUUGCAAGAGACGGAAUAUGUAUCUCCCAGAGUUGGAUUAUGCCAAGUCCGUAUGUUCAGUCGAGGGCUGUUUGUCGAAGGGGUUUGCAGGACUUCUCUCUGGCCAUUCGUGUCUCAAUUUCGAGCAAGAUAGACGAGUUCCAUACACUUAAAAAUUGCGUAAGUUUGAGGCUUGGUUGCAGCGCUUUGAUUUGUUUGAGAUUAUUGAAAUGAGUAAGGCUACUCAGCUUCUUAUUAUUAUUAUCUACUAGUAAUAAAAUGCUUAAUUUGAAUGUCA